AUGUCUUCAAAGUCUAAGGAGAAUACGAAAUUCAGGGCGGCCCAACAACUUCCAGUUACAAUUCAGCUGAAGAUAGGCGAUGAAAUGUUAUCCGUGGACAAAGACGCACUGAUCGCUGGGUCACCAUACUUUGCCGCCAUGUUAGGGGGAAAUUUCCAGGAGGCCACCACAUCUGUCAUCGAGUUUAAGCAACCUGACAAUGUUCACCUCGGAACGGUCGUCCAACUGGUGGAGAGCCUCAGCGACGGCACCUCGACAUUGUCCAUCAAACGGAAAGACGCCGUGAAAGUGUGGAUGGCUGCCAGAUACCUGCAAAUGGGCAGAGCCGAGAAGCGGGCCGCGAAGAUUUUAGACAGUUUGAUGCAGCGUCCGGAGCACGCGUACCGUCUGUGGCGUCUGGCUCGUCGGGAUAGAUUGUUUGAUCUGGAGAAACUCACCUUUCCGAAAAUUCUGCAGAAAUUUCCCCGGCACGUUCAGUUUAGCGAUUCGGAGUGGUUUUCGCAGUGCAGCGUGGACGAAGUGACUGACCUGCUGACCCAUGAUGAUUAUGUUCCAGAUUGUGAAGCUUCCGUGUAUGAGGCCGUACUGCGCUGGUGUAUGCACGGCGCUGCCGAACGUAAGGAGCAUCUGCGUUAUCUUCUGGACGCAUGUAUCGUGUGGGAUGACCUGGAUAUCAAAAUUCUGAUAGAAACCGCAACCGCAGAACUACACGAAGCGCUAACACAGAUCCUGGCCGAUCGACAGCGCGGCAUGAUGGGCGGUGGAGCGUUGCUGAAGCGUGCCGCACCGAAGGAGGCCAUCUUCUACCAUAUGCGCGACGGACACCCGCAUCAGCUCCUCCGCUUCGAUUUCAUCCGCAACGAACUGACCAAGCUGAACACGCCAGUGCAGGAGAAGUUGGCCGAGCAUUGGCCGAAGAUCAAAGCCGAUGGAUUCGCGGUGGCCGUGGGACGGGAGCUGAUUGUCGGCACCACACCGUACGACGCGUAUUCGGAUGAAUUGGUGGCAAUCGACUGCGUCACCGGCUGUACACGGGCUCUCAUGAAAGAAUCACCCUUUAACGAAUGCAUGUGCGUGGUGGCGGUGGGCAGCCAGAUUUUCGGUGCUGAUGAUGCGGACAACAAUGACGGUACCAGAAACUGGUACAGCUUUGAUGUGCCUACAGGACAACUGCGGCGAGCCAGCCAGUUGCCACAGUACACCUUCGAGAAAGAGCCCACCAACUACACUAAAAUAGUGAGAGCCAAUUCUGAUUUGAAUUACAUGGAUUUGUUCAAGCUGCAGUUGUUGCAAGACCGUCUGUAUGGCAACGUAGCCGGAGUGUUCCACCGCUAUUACCGAGCGUCAAUGGAAGGGUACCCUCUUCCCCACGGCAGAAUUGUCUUUGUGUCCGUGGGAUGCGUUCGGGAAAAGCAUGACGGUUAUCCGGAAAGUGUGGUGGAAACGUACGACAUCCGUAGCAACCAAUGGACGAAGCACACUAGUUGGACAGAUGACAGCAAAUUCCAUCAUCAGUGCGGGAUCAUUGUUUUCCAAGGAUAUCUCUACUUCACCGGCGGCUGCAGGGAUGUUGGAAACUCGUUCUACCGCUGGAAGGAGAACGGAACGGCGGUGACAGCCUGCUACCGUGUCUCACUCAGCCACGCCCAGGCCGAACCGGAGCGCAUCGCCGACCUGAACGUGGCGCGUUACCAGCACUGUGUCUUCAUCAAGGACGGCCAGAUUUGGGUAUACGGUGGGACGACCCACGUGGACGGAGAUAAUCAGCGGAAGCGGGCGCUAAUGUCCUUUGAACGGUACAGUGCGGAAGAGAAUCGGUGGACCGUGGUGGAUGUGCCGAUGACGAAAGAACUACAAGCGGAGGUGGCGGGUGGGGAUUACGCGCAGAAAACCGUAUGUCUGCCGCUGCAGCAUUACCUUCCGCCGGUGUAUGACGGUCGGAAAUACGUGAAAUACGAGUCUAGUGAUACUUCGUCGGACAGUGAGGACAUGACUUAUCACUAUCGGAUGAAAGACGAGUAUAAUAAGGAGCCCGGUUCUCGUCAAGAAAGGGAUAGCAAAGCUACCGAAUGGCCAGCUGGUCUAGAUGAUUGA